CAUUUUGCCGCUGGCCGCUCGGUUCCCAUUGUGUGUGAUAGUAAAUACUGACAGUGGCAGGCAAAGCUCUGCACAUAUUUCACCGCGCCGAAUUAAACCCAUUCGCUGAAGUAGAUUGAGGAAAAAUGGCCCGUACCAAGCAAACCGCCCGCAAAUCUACAGGAGGCAAAGCUCCUCGGAAGCAGCUGGCCACUAAAGCUGCCCGUAAGAGUGCGCCUUCUACUGGAGGAGUGAAGAAACCUCACCGCUACAGGCCCGGCACAGUGGCUCUGCGUGAGAUCCGUCGGUACCAGAAGUCCACCGAGCUGCUGAUCCGUAAGCUGCCCUUCCAGCGCCUGGUGAGAGAGAUCGCACAGGACUUCAAAACGGAUCUGCGCUUCCAGAGUGCUGCCAUCGGAGCCCUGCAGGAGGCCAGCGAGGCGUACCUGGUGGGUCUUUUCGAGGACACCAACCUGUGUGCCAUCCACGCCAAGCGUGUCACCAUCAUGCCCAAAGACAUCCAGCUGGCACGCCGUAUCCGCGGAGAGCGCGCCUAGACACUCGUCGUCCUUUUUCCAUCCUUUCUCUCUCUCUCUAUCUAUCUACCUAUCUAUCUGUCUGUCUCUCUCCACUCGUCUCUCCCCUUCUUUCUUGGUAGAGUUUAGAAUAUCUGCGAUGGGGAGGCCAAUGUGUUUCAGUCUACUAGUGCUGUCUCACUGACGCGUAGGGUACCUGUAUGUGCAUGUAACAGACGCUUCUGAUCUCUCACACACACGCACACACACACUCACACAUGUAUAAGAGUCGGAGCGUAAACGAGGUCCACCCUUGCCAAGCUUGGGGUUUGAACACACAGCAUGAGGGAAGGUGGAAUCUGGGGUUAGUCUGCUUAAGGGGAGCGGCAACUUCCACAGCAGGGUGCUACUAAAACUGCCCCAGACCACCUUCACUUGCCCCCUUAUCCACCCCUCAGACACCUUAGAAACCUCUCCUUGCCCUUAUCUUCCCUGUACCUGACUUAUCCUCUACUCACCCAAAUCUCUGCUUACUUUUUUCUGCCCCUACACACCUCAGAAACCCCCUACCAGUCUGGUUGCCCAGUUAUAUGCGUGUGCACCCACGUGUCUAUCUCCCCCAGCCCGGAUAUGUGUGUGUGUGUGUUUGUGUGCAGGAUCAGCAAAGCAGAAAUCGUAUUCAACUGCAAACCAGCAUCUAUUGGUUAUAAAGUUGUUACUUAUAAUAUUGAUGAUUACUAUUAUCGUUGAUGGUGUUUUUUCUUUUUUUUUUUCUUUUUUUUUUCUAUGAUGCAUAGUCAUGAAUUGUUUUACCACUGUUAUGGGACAAAAAAAAAGCAAAAUUACAAAAAAUUUAAAUGAUAAAUUCUUUGUUUUUUUCGUAUUGUUGUUUAUUGUUAUUAUUAUUUUUAUUAUUAUUUUUUCAUGGUGAUUGCCGAUCCUGCUCCUCCUGUUCUAACUUUCAGGCAGCCACAGGGGGGCGCUCUAAACCAGCCUCUCAUUCACUCUCACUGUUCUUCACUUGUCCCUCACUCUCCUCUCAGUCUCGAUUUCUCUCUUCUCCAUUUCCACAUUCUCUGUUGACCCCUGAUAUGUAUUUUUUUUUAAAUCUCCACAGAUCGGCAUUUGUCAAAAAAAAUUGUAGCAAAAAAAAUUGUCACGUUUAGUUUUUGGAGUGUUUUGCUUUCUUCGUGUAGAUUCUCUCGCUCUCGUGAUAUACAUGUAUAACCUCAUGUUCCUGUUUAUUUUUCUUAUUCAGAAAUUUAAAUAAGCUGAUCUUUGUAUUUUCCAAAUUUCUCAUACUAUGGUGGUAAUAAAUAGAUGUUACACAA